AUGAUGGACUUAGAAAGAUUUCUUAGUCGCUGUCUUAAGUACGGCAACUUUGAUGAUGCUAUCUAUGUAGCUGAAGUGCUAAGUGUCACUGAAGGUAAAGACUACUCCUUGCUUUUAGGGUAUUUGUUUAUGCGCAAGUUAGAGUAUCGCCGGGCUAUUUACUAUCUAGCUAAGACUAACUCAUUCUCUUCACUCUACUACCGCGCGCAGUGCUUUAAGGCUUUACGUGAGUAUGAUAAGGCUAAGUACUUGCUGAGUAAACUGGAAGGAUACCGGCGGGAAGAGAAGAAGAAGUUGAGUGAGGUAGAGAAGUUGUUUGUGCUGGAUCCGGAUGAUGCAUUUGUGCUAAGUGCUUUAGGUGAGAUAAACAUUCUAAGUGGAGCCUAUGAGAAGGCAAUUAACAAUUAUAGUUGUGCGGCUCAGAAGAACCCUUUGCUUUAUACGGGGCAUCGGGCAGUACUGGAGGAGCACUUGACUAAUGCCAAGAACAUAGAUGCUGAAGAGGAGAAUAACAACAAUGUUUUUGUGGGGGAGGGAGAUAAGCUGGAUAAGAAGACGUUAAGUUUAGUUGAGCGCCGGAUUGAAGCGGAAGUAGUGAGUGCUCAGGGGAAUCGUGAGUUGGCUACUGUGCUUAGUUCUUUGUUGGUGGAGACUCGGAUUUUAGAAAGUAUUACGAAUGGUGAGUCAAGUACGGCCUAUACGGCUGUUGAGUUGGAUGCUUUGCCAUUGAGUACGGUAUCGGCUAUGGCUGUGCACUUCUUUGAUGUGGGUUCUUUUCAGAAAUCAGCUGAUGUUUUUGACUAUGUACUGCUGCGUGAUCCGUGCUACAUAGAUGCUUUGCACUACUAUUCAAGUAUUCUUUGGCAUAAGCGCGAUCGAAGUAUGUUGGCCUCUUUAGCGCGAACGGUGUUUGGUGUAAAUCCUUUCUCGGCUGUAGCUUGGGCCGUACUGGGCAACCAUUAUAGUUUGCGAAAAGAGACGGAUAAGGCGAUUACUUCCUUUGAGCGUUCGUUGGUUAUUAAGAAAGACCCUUAUGUACUUUGCCUUUUAGGCCAUGAGCACUUUAUGAAUAGUAACUUAAGGGAGAGUUUGCGGUGUUUCAUUAGCUCAAUUCAAAUGAAAGCGGGUAAUCAUAAUGGUAUGGCUGGGUGUGGGCUGAUUUACGAGAAGAUGGGGAAGAAAGAGAGUGCGGAGUACUGUUUUAUGCGGGCAGUGCGGUCCAAUCCACAGAACGUGUUACUGGGGUACCUUUCGGUUAAGUUCUUGGUGCAGCACCAGAAGAUAGAUAAGGCUUAUGCCUUGCUGCGCCGGUAUUUGCGCAUAGAUGAAUCCUUAGGCUCUCUAGCCGAAAAGAUAGAGAAUAACUUACUGCGCCGGUAUUUGCUGCCUAGAGAGCAGAACGAGCACAUGUCUUUCUUGUUGGAGUCCUUGCUUUUGGAACUGGCGUGCAUUCUAGCUCAUACGGGGCAUUGUAAAGCAGCGGAGAUUCUAGCGCGAGAGACGGCGGGGAAAGGACAGCUCUUCCAAGCACGAAAGACACAGGUUCUGGAUACGAUUGCUCUUCAUGCCAGCAAUCUUGCCGAUCCUACUCCUUCCGUGUAA